AGCUGUCAAAACCCACAAACUGCAUUCUGUGUGCGUGUAACUUCGUUGAUGGUCCAUUUUUUUUGUACUGAGUGGCAGUGAAAUACUUGAAAAAUCAUAGCGGCUUUUCGGUUUUCCCCUAGGAAAUAGUCUGAUUUUUGCAUCAAAAAUCGAAAUGAAGCGAAAUCUACUGUCGCUGGCAGUGUUUGCCGCGGUCAUUUUCUGCGUUCAGUCGGCCAUCGACGUGGAAAUCGAAAACAAAAAUGUUGACCGCACCAUCGAUCUCACAUCGCAGUUGGUGAAAAUCAGCUACAAAAUUACGCUGGAACACAAGGCAAAGAAACCGAUCAGCAGCUAUCUUUUUAUGGUUCCUGCGGAGGAACGCGAGCGGAUGGCAUUCAUUUCCGCCAAAGAUUCCUCGAAGAAAGAUCUCAAAUUGACGGAAACGGCCUCGCCCAAGGGGGUGACUUUUUCGAUGACUUUGCCGGCCGGAACGACCAAUCCUCCGGUUGUUUACAUUGAGACCGUUUUCACCAAGUCGCUGAAACCGUAUCCCACUGCGAUCGCUCAGACGGAGCGCCAGCUGGUGCAGUACUUCGGGAACGUUUACUUCUACUCGCCGUUCAAGACCCAGACCCAGAAGACCACGGUUCACCUGAGCUCACGGAACGUCGAAAGCUUCACCCAGUUCAAACCGGUCGUUCACUCCGACACCACAAUUACCUACGGACCGUACGAUAAUGUUGCCGCUUUCUCCACGGAACCGAUGACCAUCCAUUUCGAGAACUACACACCGUUUUUGACCGUCACAAAGUUGGAACGCGUAAUCGAAGUCUCGCACUGGGGUAACAUCGCCGUCGAAGAAACCAUCGAUAUCGUCCAUUCUGGAGCCGCCCUGAAGGGUUCGUUCUCGCGUUACGACUACCAAAAGGAUUCCCGCUCGAAUCAAGCCUGUGUCAAGUCCUACAAGACCCUGCUACCGGCUGCGGCCACCGGAGUUUACUACCGUGACACCAAUGGUAACAUUUCCACCUCGGCCAUGCGUGUGCUGAAAGAUUCCGUCGAGCUGGAUUUGCGUCCCCGUUUCCCCUUGUUCGGAGGCUGGAAGACCCACUACACUCUAGGCUAUAAUGUGCCCAGCUUCGAAUAUCUGUUCCAGAAUGGAGACAACUAUCUGCUCAAGAUGCGUGUCUUGGAUCACGUGUUUGAUGACAUGGUCGUCGAUGAGGUCACCACGAAAAUUAUCCUCCCGGAAGGGUCCACCAAUAUCAAACUGAUCGCUCCAUAUACGGUAACUCGGCAUCCCGAUUCUCUACACUACACCUAUUUGGAUACCUUUGGUCGCCCAGUGAUCUCGUUCAGUAAGAAAAACGUCGUUGAAAAUCACAUCACCGAUUUCAACCUGAAGUACAACUUCAGCCGAGUGAUGAUGCUCCAGGAGCCACUGCUGGUAGUUGGCUUCCUCUAUAUCCUCUUUGUGCUGGUCAUCAUCUGGAUGCGGCUAGAUUUUUCCAUCAUCAAGGAGAAGGAACACCUUCACAAAGACUAAAAAGGCGCGAGCAGUAAGUAGUUCUUCUAAUACGCUAUUCCAUGAAACGAAUAUUCAAUCGAGUAGGGUUAGUAGUUCGGUUUUUUCAGAAAUAUUCGUACCAUUUCCUAAUUUUAUAAAUCACAAAUCUCACAUUGGUACCAAAAUACUGAAGACAGCAGAGCAUUAGGACGAAGUAGCUCGCUUUUCUAGUACACAACGCGUUGAGCAUCGUCCUUACGGCAAGUCAGUAGCAACAAAUAUGCAUUUAGGUCACUUACUAAUAGUUGCUCAUCAAAGCACAACUUUCCAGUGGAUCAUGAGUUGGAACAUUCUGAUAGUUUUGUUUUAAUUCGUUGCUUGAUAAAUAGCAAAUAAUAACACGAAUUGUUUGAGAACGAGUAACUUCAUUGCUACCUAAUAAAGUUUGUGAGUCCAAAACAA